GCAGAAAAAAAACUAAAAAAUAAAAAAUUACUAUCCGUCGUGAAGAUGAGGGGUGAGGAAAAGAAAUUCCAGCCAACAAAUCCUCCAAUCCAAGUUCACUUGGAAGAACCCUAAUUUGGAAUCAAUCACGAACUGCUCGCCUCUGCCCCUGCGUACGAGCUUUGUACCACCUCCGACUCACAGAAGACCGAGAAGACAUUGCAGCCGUGUCUGUGACCAAUAGUGACGAGAAAUUGCAUAGGAAUAUUCGGCUAAAUGCAGCAGUUCUGACUUGGGUAAUGUUGGUUAGUUCAUGGACAGAGAUGAAGUUGCUGAUGGAGAGUUUCAGUCACAACGAUAAUUUUGUUUCAUUUCUGCCACUGAAAGCAAUAUCUUUUGCAUAAUUGAAGUAAAAGAAAGGGCUUUUCUUAUAUCCAUUUCUUUUUUUUUUCCGUGAUGUGCUUACUCCAGCUUGAAUUAUUGGUUAAUUAGGAUUGAUUUUGGUCAUUUUCACUGGGUAUAGAAUCAGAACUAGGAAAGGCAAUAGGAGUAACAGAUAGCAGGAAGAGGAUGCUCAACCUCUAUGCUUUUUCUUGUAUCUCUCCAUCCACAAAAGCCUUCCAAUCUUCAACUUCUCUACCCUUCUUCCCUCUAAAUCCUAGAGGAUUUCCUUCCAGGGUACUUUUGAGGAUCUUUACAGUUCAUUCCAGUUCCAAUGGAAGCUUGAAUUCAUGUGAAAAUCAAAGCCAAAGAAUUAAUUUCGCUGGUAUGAGGCUAGAGGAGACUGUAGAGGCCAAGUGUGGAAAGUUGAGGCUUGAUUCUUGGAUCUCUUCUCGCAUUUCUGGCAUUAGUAGAGCUCGCAUCCAAUCAAGCAUUAAAUCUGGGUUGGUUGCUGUCAAUGGCAGGGUUGUCAAUAAGGUGUCUCACAAUGUCAAGGGUGGGGAUAAGGUCUCUUGCACAAUUUCAGAGUUGCAACCCUUGAGGGCUGAACCUGAGGACAUACCUUUGGAAAUAGUUUAUGAAGAUGAGCACUUGCUAGUUGUUAAUAAGCCUCCUCACAUGGUUGUUCAUCCAGCCCCUGGGAACCCUACUGGCACACUUGUAAAUGGCAUACUUCAUCAUUGCAGUCUUCCAACAGUUGCAACUUCAAGCCAGGAAGUUCUUUCAGAUGUAGAAGAUAUUUCUGAUGAUGAAGGGUUAUGUUCUACUUUAUGUGGAGAAUCAGUUCGGCCAGGGAUAGUUCACAGGUUGGACAAAGGAACUAGUGGAUUGCUUGUAGUUGCAAAGGAUGAACAUGCUCAUGCCCAUUUGUCUGAACAAUUCAAGCAACACUCUAUCCAGAGAGUAUAUGCUAGUCUUACUAGUGGUGUGCCCUCUGCAUUGAGGGGACGUAUUGAAAUUCCUAUUGGUCGUGAUGUGAAUAACAGAAUUCGUAUGAGUGCUAUACCUGGACCAAUUAAGCAGGGACAGGCUCGUCAUGCUGCUAGUAGGUAUAAAGUAAUUGAAAUACUUGCUGGGGGUGGUUCAGCAUUGGUAGAGUGGAGGUUAGAAACUGGACGUACUCAUCAGAUCCGUGCACAUGCAAAGUAUAUUGGAGUUCCUCUAUUAGGUGAUGAGGUUUACGGAGGUACCAGAAGCAUGGCUUUAUCACUACUUCGACCCAGAAUUCCCCCAAGCUGUCAUAAUCAACUUUCACUAAUGCUAUCAGGAUUAGAGAGGCCUUGUCUACAUGCUUUGGCUCUUGGGUUCACGCAUCCACACACAGGGGAAGAAAUACACUUCUCUUGUCCACCUCCUCCAGAUUUUGCUGGGAUCUUGAGCCAGCUUCGUAAAAUGGGCAUGGAAAAGGUUUAAUAGAAGGUUGCCUUUGCCUGCUGAGUAACUCAACUAAGAUAAUCAUCAACUGUUUGAUUUCCAGCCUUCAUUGAAUGAAUAAAGGGAUGAAAUUUUCUGAAAUGAGGGUACAGUUUUUUAUGCUAGAUUGCAAUGUGCAGAUAGCAUUUAAACAUUGAAACUACAGGGCAAGUGGGCAAUUGAUGGGUUGCAAGCUUCUGGUUAUUGAAGGCAAUUCUAAUAUGAUCUUUGAUCUUUGUGGUUAGUUAGGGCAUUCUCUUCAGCAACCGUAGAGGACUCCAGUCUCUUUUUAACCAUGAGAAUUCACAUUGACCUGAAAGAGAGAGAGAGAGAGAAUAGUCAUUUUAUACAUUUCGGUUGGUAAAGUAGCGAGGGAAAAAGGAAAAGGAAAAAGGAAGUAUAAAAAGUACAUCAUUUUCAAAGUGUAUUAAAAUGAAUUUGAUUUAUUGUAUAUCAUUUUACUUUACAAGUAUUCUGUCCAUGAAAGCAAGUGCUCAAUGCUAUUACAUAUUCAA